AUGAAGGCUCUUCCUGUCUUGUUGUCAGCCGCUCUCCCAACGCUGGCUUUUGACGUUGCCGCGGCGAUUCGCAAAGCUUCUCCCAAGGUCUUGCACGGAGACGCUGUUCAGCUUAGCAGCAACGGCUAUGGGACCGGUCUUGUGCAAGAGCUUGUUUGGCACGGCGAGGUCAAGGCCGGCGAGCCCAACAUGACAUUGGCGGGAACUGUCCAGGAGAUCUACGACAAGAUCUCCAUCAUGAACCCGGACUUUUCCCACGAUGGACUGUUCGACCAGUCUGAGCUCAAGAAGCGCGAUACGAACGUGAGAAACUGUCAAGCCGUCGAGGUCACAAGCCGUGGUUUUGAGCCGAGACUAAUCUCUGGAUAG